CGCUAGCUUGACCCCAGCUGCUACCAGCCAAGCCCGUCACCCCACUGCUUGUUGCUUCUCGGCUCGCCAUUGAAAAUCUCGCCCCAGCUCCAGCAAAAAAGGGAAUUGAAGGAAAAAAACAUCUUGUCUAACAAACGCAAGCUGCUACUAGCUCAUCUCGCUCUCGCCAUGGGAAAGGUGGCGGAGAGGCUGAGGGCCUUCUCGAGGAACCGAUGGCUGGUGCUGGUGGCGUCAAUGUGGGUGCAGUCCGUGUCCGGCGUCGGGUACCUCUUCGGCGCCAUCUCGCCGGUGCUCAAGUCCACGCUCGGCUACAACCAGCGGCAGGUGGCGGCGCUCGCCGUCGCCAAGAACCUCGGCGGCUACGUCGGCGUCGUCGCCGGCACGCUCCCGGCGAAUAUGCCGCCGUGGUUGAUGCUGCUCAUGGGCGCCGCGCAUAACCUCCUCGGCUACGGCUGGCUCUGGCUCAUCGUCGCCGGCAUCGCGCCGCCGCUGCCCCUCUCCAUGAUGUGUGUUCUCAUAUUUGUUGGAAACAACAGCGCGACAUACUUCAACACGCAUUCACUCGUAACAUGCAUCCUGAACUUCCCAACGAGCAGGGGGCCAAUGGUGGGCAUCCUGAAAGGAUUUCUGGGCCUGACCAGCGCUAUUUUGACGCAAAUCUACGCUGUGAUGCACACAACAGACCAGACUAAACUUGUCUUGACGGUUGCGGUCGGACCGGCAUUGGUCGCCAUUGCCAUGAUGUUUGUUAUCAGGCCUGUCGGUGGUCACAAGCAGGCACGCCCGUCUGACAAGAAGAGCUUCAUGUUCGUCUACACCAUCUGCUUGCUCCUCGCCUUUUAUCUCGCCGUUGUCAAGCUAGCCCAAGAUUUCAUGAAACUGAGCGACAAUGUGGUUAAUAUUCUCACAGUGAUUCUGUUCGUCCUCCUUAUUUCACCAAUUGCAAUCCCGUUGGCCUUGACGAUAAUGUCGAAAGCUGAAAAUCCAAUUGAAGAGGCUCUCCUGUCUGAACCAUUGACGCAAGAGGCAAGCACUUCGCAAGAAGAGGAAGAUCAACCGCAUGCCAUUUUAAGCGAAGUAGAAGAGAAGUCUAAGGACAUUGAUUCGUUGCCUCCAUUUGAAAGGAGGAACAGCGGACCACACCUGGGGGACAACUUCACCAUGAUGCAGGCACUGGUGAAGGCUGACUUUUGGCUUAUUUGGAUAUCGUUCUUGCUUGGGUCAGGAUCAGGGCUGACAGUUAUGGACAAUCUUGGUCAGAUGAGCCAGGCAGUUGGAUUCAAAGAUGCGCAUAUCUUCGUGUCAUUGGUGAGCAUAUGGAACUUCCUUGGUCGUGUUGGAGGUGGCUACUUCUCUGAGAUCAUUGUCAGGGAGCGUGGAUACCCAAGGCACACAGCACUGGCAAUUGCACAGAUCCUGAUUGCUGCUGCACAUUUCCUAUUUGCCAUGGCUUGGCCUGGAACCAUGUACAUCGGGACCUUCCUGGUCGGACUCGGAUACGGAGCUCAUUGGGCAAUCGUGCCAGCUGCUGUCUCUGAACUCUUCGGCGUAAAACAUUUUGGCGCCAUGUACAAUUUUCUUGCAAUGGGAAACCCCACAGGAUCAUUCAUCUUCUCAGGCCUUAUUACCAGUACCCUGUAUGACUAUGAAGCUGAGAAACAAGCUCACCAACAUCAGAUUAAGUGCGAAGGCCCCGUCUGCUUCUUCGUCAGCUCAUUGAUAAUGUCAGUGCUCUGCAUUGUUGGAGCUGGAUUGAGCCUCAUCGUUGUUCACAGGACCAGACGGGUUUACGCUGACCUCUAUCGGUCUGUCCACACAUGAAAUCUUCAUGGAUAAAGAUGCCAAAUCCUCAUGUUUGCUUUUCUAUGCACCGUAUAUCCAUGGCCCCCAAAAGAAUUUGCAUAUAUCACAUAUCCGCAAAGUUAAAUUUAUCUGUAAAUUAUUACUCACAUUGUUUGUUUUUAAUAGUAUUAGGGUUUGGAAAUUAUACUUUGAGUAUAGAUUGCUCUUAUGGUACAUUAUCAGCUACUACAAAAAUCUAUAUAUUUCAUAUCGAAAGAUAUUUGAAAUGAAAUAUAUCGAUGCAACUUUUAUGUAGUAGUAUUGUAUACAAUUUGACUAAUUGUUGGUCAAAGUUUAUAAAGUUUGAUUAUUUUGAAA